GACAGCAGCAGCAUCACCUUGGCAGGGCCCAGCAGGGCUCUCCUGAGCUGCCCUUGCCCAGCUGCACACAGACCCUGCCCCAGCCAGGGCCCUGCACACAGGCAGGUUUCUGUAGGGCCGGGCCGAGGGCACGCGGGGUGGGAUGGGCUCUGUGAGCACUGGCAGGGACAAGGCACCUCUCAGGAGGGAAUGUCCAGGCCCAGGGAGCUGCUCAGGGAAGGAGAGGGGGCUGAGCAGAGCAGUGCUGGGAGAACAAGCCCAUCCAGCCCCUCACCUGCCCUCAGCCACAGGGAAUCCUUUGCCUCUCCCAUCUCUCAGUGCCAAACUCUGAGUGCAGCAGGAAUGCUGGGGAUGUCUGAACUCAGAGAGCCAGGAAUGAUGUGUGGGUAGGAAAACAAUUUCUAAAACCAUCUCCUGCCAUCUAUUUCCCUUAGAAGUGUGACUGCAGAUGCUACCAACCCUUUCUGCAUUAGAAGUGAUUCCCCUGACAAAUGCUGAAUAUCCAGCAUUGUCCUUCUGCCACAUGGCCACAAACCAAGGGCAGCAGGGCAGGGAUGGCUCCUUGAGAGCCCCCACGCACAGCCCUGGCUGCUCCUGGUACACUCAGCCAGCACAGCUGGAGCUCAGGCAGGGACCUGGGUGAAGGUUUGCCCAGAGCAGGAACAAGGGUGGGUGAGUCCCAGCAGGACAGGCUACAGGGAAUGGCCCAGGUUUGGCUCCAAGCAGCCUCUCCUGACUUGUCACUGUCCUUUCUCCAUGAACAGGUGCCCAUGUGCAGCCACAGCCAAUGUCCAACAGCAGCUCCAUCAGCCACUUCCUGCUGCUGGCACUGGCAGAGACGCGGCAGCUGCAGCUCCUGCACUUCUGCCUCUUGCUGGGCAUCUCCCUGGCUGCCCUCCUGGGCAACUGCCUCAUCAUCAGCGCCGUAGCCUGCGGCCACCACCUGCACACGCCCAUGUUCUUCUUCCUGCUCAACCUGGCCCUCAGCGACCUGGGCUCCAUCUGCACCACUGUCCCCAAAGCCAUGCACAAUUCCCUCUGGGACACCAGCACCAUCUCCUACACUGGAUGUACUGCACAGGUUUUUCUGCUUAUCUUCUUCCUUGGAUCAGAGCUUUCCCUCCUGACCAUCAUGUGCUACGACCACUACGUGUCCAUCUACAAACCCCUGCACUACGGGACCCUCCUGGGCAGCAGAGCUUGUGCCCACAUGGCAGCAGCUGCCUGGGCCAGCGCCUUUCUCAAUGCUCUCAUGCACACGGCCAAUACAUUUUCCCUGCCCCUGUGCCAUGGCAAUGCCCUAGGCCAGUUCUUCUGUGAUAUCCCCCAGAUCCUCAAGCUCUCCUGCUCCAAAUGCUAUUACAGGGAACUUUGACUCAUUGCUGUUAGUGUGUGUUUGGUAUUUGCUUGCUUUUUGUUCAUUGUUUUCUCUUAUGUGCAGAUUUUCAGGGCCGUGCUGAGGAUCCCUCUGAGCAGGGACGGCACAAAGCCUUUUCCACCUGCCUCCCUCACCUGGCCGUGGUCUCCCUGUUAGUCUGCUCUGCAGUGUUUGCCUACCUGAAGCCCUCCUCCAUGUCCUCCCCAUCCCUGGAUCUGUCAGUGUCAGUUCUGUACUCGGUGGUGCCUCCAGCCCUGAACCCCCUCAUCUACAGCCUGAGGAACCAGGAGCUCAAGGCUGCAGUGUGGAGACUGAUGACUGGAUGCUUUCAGGGACAUUAAACUGCUGGCCAAUUUCUGCAAAUCACUUGUAAUAAAAGUCAUCUUUGAUA